GAGCCAAUCGAAAAAAAGAGCUUCAUUCAGCCAAUCAAAUGUGGCGUAUUGCUGUUGCCGCGCCAAGCCUGGAGGCGAGCCUAGGGCGUUCCUUAGCUGCCGACGCUCAAUGGCGCGGCGGCGGCGGCCUUGGAGAGCGGCGAGCGCAGGGACUGAAGAUUAUGCACCUAAAAUGACUCUUCAGAAGAUGGUGCAUCAGGCAGCCAGCCUGUAUUCUGAUAGAAAAGCAGUAUGUUUUGAUGAAUGUAAUGAUAAGUCUCCAGUUUUCUACACUUACAAGGAAGUUGUUAGUCUUGCCACAGAAUUAACGGUUUUCCUGCAACACUACUGUGAUCACAGAGGAACAUUUGAAAUAGGCCUGUACUGCUAUCCUGGAAUAAAUUUACCAUCUUGGAUUUUAGGAAUCCUCCAAGUUCCAGCUGCAUAUUCUCCUCUUGAUCCAGAUGCACCACCAGUAUUAUCUACCUAUUUUAUGAAGAAAUGUAAUCUCCAGUAUAUCCUUGUUGAGAAUGACAAAAUAAAUAAAUUCAAAAUAUCCCAUGCUGGCUGGUUUUACCAGAGUUCUUUUGCAAUAGAUCACGUUGGUUUAACUCUUUUCCAAAUUAAUUGGAACGAUGUUGAUGUAAAUCUGCUGUUCGAUGGCGCAGAAGACAAAAGUGGAAUCUCCAAAGCUACAAGUAAUUGGGAGACAGAUUACGUAGCUGACCUGGACCAACUUAAAGCAAAGACAUCACAAAGAGGGUACAUGGAUGUCAGGCAGCAACAUUCUUUGGCAUACAUCUUGCAUACGUCAGGAACUACAGGGAUCCCCAAAAUAGUCAGAGUACCUCAUAAAUGUAUUGUGCCAAAUAUUCUUCAUCUUCAAUCCCUAUUUAAGAUCACACCAGAUGAUAUACUGUUCAUGGCCUCACCUCUGACGUUUGAUCCAUCUGUAGUUGAGUUGUUCAUUGCUCUGAUAAGUGGAGCCUCUCUGCUUAUAGUACCAAACCCCAUAAAAAUGAUGCCUCUGAAGUUGUCUGCCGCUCUUUUUCACCGUCACAGGGUCACGGUAUUGCAGGCAACACCAACGUUUCUCAGACGAUUUGGAGCUCAACUUAAGUCAACUGUGUUGUCUGCCAGCACUUCACUCCGUGUUUUAGCCCUCGGUGGAGAAGCAUUUCCUGCACUGAAUGUCUUGAGAAGCUGGAAGGGCAGGGAAAACAAAACACAUGUUUUUAAUCUCUAUGGCAUUACAGAAGUGUCAAGCUGGGCCACUUGCUACAGGAUUCCUGAAGAAGUUCUUAGCUCUGAUCUUCGAUUUGAUUCGCCUGUACCACUGGGAUCACCAUUGCUUGGAACCACAGUUGAAGUCAGAGAUGCCACUGGUUCUGCAGUUCUAGAUGGAGAGGGACAAGUUUUCAUAGGUGGUAAAGAACGAAUCUGCUUCCUUGAUGAUGAAGUAAUUGUCCCUUCAAACACAAUGAGAGAAACAGGGGACUUUGUGAGAGUGAAGGAUGCAGAGAUGUUUUUCUUAGGACGGAAGGACAGUCAGAUUAAACGUCAUGGCAAACGUCUUAAUAUUGAAUGUGUACAGCAGGCUGCUGAGGGUCUUUGUCAUGUGGAAACCUGUGCAGUGAUAUGGUAUCAACAGAAAAAGUUAAUCUUGUUUGUUGUACCUAAAGACAACCUAGCAAGAGACACUCUUAAGGAACUCCAGAAACAUCUCCCAACCUAUGCAAUCCCUGAUGAACUUGUGCUGAUAGAAACUUUGCCUUUCACAUUGCAUGGCAAAAUUGAUGUUUCUGAGCUGAGCAAGAUUUACAGUAACCAUCUAAAUUCCAGAAGGCAUGACAGUAAGCUGAGCGGAGCAGAGGAAUUGUGGGAAAGAUUGCAGUAUUUAUGGAAGUCUCUCCUGAGUCUUCCAGAUGAUUCACCCAGCAUUUCAAAAGAUUCACUGUUUCUGUACAGUGGUGGAGACUCCUUGAAGUCACUACGGUUUCAUGAUGAGAUUGAGAAUUUGGCAGGCAAAGCCAUCCCUGGGCUCCUGGAAGUUAUUCUCAGCAGCUCCAUUGCUCAGGUUUACCAACAUGUUCUUAAAGCUGUAUUCCCAAGUGAGGACCAAAUGAAUCAUAACACUGUGAAAAGAACACUGACUGAGAACAGUGGAGGGGAAUUCCAUGGAGAACACACACAAUCAAAAUCUAGAAGGUACUUUAAUGCUGCUGCAGGAUUGGUUGCAUUUAUUGCACUAAACCGAGGAAAUCGGAUGUUGUCGAUGACUUCCCCUGAGUCUCUUAUGAACCCAUUUAAUGCAGGACAGGCAGGAACAAAGUUAAGACAAGCGUCUUAUUCAUCUGCUGUAACUUCUAAUACAAUGAAAUAUGAAGUGACGGAGAAUAAAUCUGGAAAGAUCAGUCCAGAAAUUGCAAGGAAGGCAAAUGAAAUAGGUACUCGUUCUGUAGAACAAGCUCCUUCAGAAGAGACUCUCUUAAAAAUGCCUGAGAAGCUGAUAUUACAUGUAAGAUGGAAGUCAAAUAUGGGCAAAUGUGUAGAUGCCUCCCCGUUAGUUAUAAUACCUGCCAUGGAUGAUUUAUCUGCAACUGUAUACGUUGGGUCCCAUUCUCACACAAUGCAGGCAAUUGAUUUAUACUCAGGAAAAAUCAAGUGGGAGAGAAUCCUUGGAGAUCGUAUUGAAUCGUCUGCAUGCGUGUCUAAGUGUGGAAACUUCAUUAUUGUUGGCUGCUAUAACGGCUUAGUGUAUGUACUCGGAAGCCAGAAUGGGGAAAUACACUGUAUCUUUACCACUGAAGAUGCUGUGAAAAGCUCCGCAGUUGUGCAUCCUUCCACUGGACUAGUCUACAUUGGAUCGCAUGACCAGCAUAUAUAUGCUUUGGAUAUUUAUAAGAAGGAGCGUGUCUGGAAGCUGCACUGUGAAGGUGGAGCUGUGUUUUCGUCUCCAUAUCUAAGCAUCUUGCCAGAUCACCUGUAUGUUGCUACACUAGGAGGACUUUUAUUGGCUGUUAAUCCAGAUACAGGGAAUAAGAUCUGGAAAAGUUCCUGUGGAAAACCCCUCUUCUCCUCUCCCCACUGCAGCGAGCAGUAUGUGUGCAUUGGAUGUGUGGAUGGGAAUGUGCACUGUUUUAGCCAUUCAGGAGAAAAGGUUUGGCAGUUUUCCACCAGUGGACCAGUCUUUUCAUCCCCAUGUAUCUCAAGUUUAAUUAAGCAAGAAAUAUAUUUUGGCUCCCAUGACUGCUUUAUCUACUGCUGUAAUAUGGAAGGCAAUUUACUGUGGAAAUUUGAAACCUCUUCAAGUGUAUAUGCAACUCCCUUUGUUUUCCAUAGUCAUGACUUGGAGAGUGAAACGCUGUUGGCAGCAACAUCUACAGAUGGUACAGUGUGGGUCCUGAAUGCUAAAACUGGAUUGGUAGCAGGUGUCGAGAAACUUCCAGGAGAAGUAUUCUCUUCCCCUGUAGUGUGCGGAUCAAAGCUUGUUGUUGGCUGUAGAAAUGAUUACGUUUAUUGCCUGGAUUUGUGUAUCGCUGAAAAAACAAGAACUACUAAGAUGUGUUAAACUGCUUCAUCUCUAGUGUUUAUGCUUGGAUGUUAAGAACAUCCUUGAAUUGUACUUUAAAACACCCAGGCCUGUGUGGUCCUGCUCUUAGCCCAUUCUACUUUUGUAAAAUUGAUUAUGUUUGCAAACUUUUUAGUUAACAACUUUGCACCAACAGGCAUGUCUACACUGCAAUAAAAGACCUGUAGCAGUGAGUCUCAGAGCCUGGAUCAACUGACUUGGACUCAUGCUGUGGAGCUAAAAAGAGUUCUGUUUAGCUCCAUAGUGGGAGCUUGAGUCAGUUGACCCUGGGCUCUGAGACUUGCUUCUGCAGGUUUGUUAUCGCAGAGUCAAUGUACCCGUUGUCUUGUCUGGAGUAGGAAAAAUGUGCGAUUUUCUUUUAAAAUUGUGCCUAUGUGCUGUUUAAAACACGAGAGUGCUUAGGCGCAACAGUGUGUAAUAUUUUUAAAAAAUGUUAUGUGGUCAUGGUCAACAUUAAACUCCUCCCCCCCCCCAUCCCUCAAUCGUGAUCUCCGAACACAUUUUUAAGGUGUUAGUGUCUGCAUUAGGUGAACAUUGGUGCUAGCUAACAUGUUUUCACAGUCAAGCGAUUUUUCCUAAACAAGAGAGGGCACUUGACUUAAUGAUUUCUCAGCAUCGCUUGUCUGAUUUAAGCUGAAUUUUGGUGAAAAAUAAAUGUGUUCACUCUGAUAUAACUUUUUCUGGCAAUUUAUAUUGAAUUUUGUGCCAUAUGUAGUGUCUAGCAUGAAAAUGGAAAUAGCUUGUCUGUUUGGUCUCAAGUUUUCCAGUAUUUGGUUGGGAAAUUUUGGUCUUUUUAUUGAAUGUAUUAACAUAUUUUGUAAAUAGAUAACUGUGUCUCCGUGUACCUACUCACAUGCAUAGACCAAGGUGUUCUGCCCCUCCCAGCACCUUCCACUUGAAUUUGCUACCUGUUGUGGGGAAUCCUUCAAGGCCGAUUAUUCUAUUCUGUAUAGGUUUUUAAAAUGCAUUCGGGGGAUGCAGCAGGGACUGGGCUAGUCCCGAUGGGUGGGGAAGGGGAACGAGCCUGGCCCGGUCCAGCCUCUGACCCCAGCUGCAGCUUCGUUCUCCCCCUCACCUCCACCCUGGGUUCAGGAGAGAAAGGGAGGGGGCAGAUGGGGACAUGAAGUGGAAAGUUUGGAGACCAUCUCUCUACAACUUAAUCGAUUAUUUUAUGGUAUCUAGGGAAGCUAACCUAACUUGCAAGAAUAAACUGAAUCUUCAGUUUUACACAGUCCAUUAGUAAAUGCUUAGCUCAAAAAUAGUGAUUUGAACAUUAUGAACUUUAAACUGGAACCCAUUCCAAAAUUGCAUGAUUGUUAUAAGCCCAUGUUUGACUUUAAAUACAGGAUAUUUCUAUAGAUAUUAAUGGGUAUGUCUAUGCAGCAUUUUGGAGCAUGUGGGAGCAAGCUCUGAGCCUGGGUCGACAGACUCAGCCUAGUGGGGCUUUCAUUAAUGCUCUAAAAGCAGCUGUGUAGACAUUUUUGCUCUAAGCCAGGCAUGGCCAAACUGGACUGCAUGUGGAUCUCUUAGAGUUAGUGCGGUGAGCUGGGGCUCGGGUCUUCAGCCCCGCAGGAGGUGCCCAAAUUCAAGGCUUGAGCAGCUCAUGCGCAUUAUAACAGGAAAUUGCAUCACGCAGCGCUGGGCGGACCUUGUGUGCUCGGGGUAUCCCUGCAUUCUGCACAAAGGCUGUGUUUAUUGUUCAUAAGUCAGAUUUCAAUAGUUCUCUGAGUAAUGAUCUCUGUUUGGAUUCCAACUGUGGAGUGCGCGUGAGUGCCAUGUGCUGGAGCCAGAACCGUUCAUAGUAUUGUCCGUUGACCCGCAUGUGGGUCAUAAGUCAACUGUGUGACACAUCCGAGGCUUUAAGAGGCCAUGCGGGUCCAGUUCCCUCUUACCGCCACAUGGCCAGAGUCAGAACUUCUGUUCCUUGGUGCUCUUAGCUUGCUACAAGUACUAUCUUCACCUUUUCCCUUGUUCCCCUCCCUUUCGUUGUAGUUAAGGCUAAAGACUUUUACUAAAAAUUACCGACAGGUCAUGGGCAAUAACCAAAAAUAACCCUGACAUAAUGGAUAGGGGGGUCCAACACCCACUAUUGCUGCUGCUCACAGCAGUUGGGAGAUGUGGGUCCCCACUGCCUGUGGAGGCUCAGAGCUCCAGGACCACAGGGAGUUGCUUGGCGCUCCGAGGGCUGCCUGCCACCUGCUGUGGCUCAACUUAACAUGCCCAGUUGGUUUUUUGUUGUUGUUUGUUUAACCUUUCUUAUAAAUCAGGUUUUCUAAAUCUUUUUUUGUUGAUGUCCUCUGGAUUCUCUAGGAAAUAUGUGGAUAAUUUAUAAAGUGUGGCACCUAGAUCUGGACAGAUCAAGCCUCACCAGUGCUGGGUAGAGUGGGACAGUUACCAUUCAUCUUAUGUACGACACUAAUGUUAAUACCUCCCAGAAUAUUAGCCUUUAUUGCAACUGUAUCACUGUGUUGACUCAUUCAAUUUGUGAUCCACUUUGACUCCAGAUCCUUUUCAGCAGUACUACUGCCGACUUGAAUACACCUAAACAUUCAAUUUCCUGACAAGCUAGAAGGAGAGAGGAGGUAAGCUUGCUUCUGUAGCUUGAAAAAGGUUUGAAACAUUAAUAAUACUUAGCAAUGGUAUUCUAAUGCAUUAGGCUUUGAAUACAAUAACCCAUUUAAAAAAAUUUAGCAGUUUUUGUAUUAAGCAUUUACUAAUUGGCUUGAAUCAUUGAGUACAACUCAAGAUUCAGUUCACAUAUGUCCAGCUAUGAAGACAUUUAGUGUGACUUUUGAAGCUCCUGCAUGAACAAUUAAAAUGGUGUUGAAAUGAA